UUGGAUACGGUGCGGAUCUCCUAUAACCUCAUCUGUAACUGUUUACACCGCUAUUUCGCGUCCAUACCAUUCAUCACCUUCAUUUUCGCUAUCAUCACACGUACAAUACGUAUCAUCUCAUACGUAUCGCCACCCUUCGAUCACGUUUGCGUGUGUAUAAAUUUCGGAAUGUUCCGCGCGGACAACCAACAACGCUGGUCGUGAGUGUUUGUGAGUGGUGCGAAGAGGAGGAUGAAGAUGCUCUGGACGGCGAUGAUCGGCAUGAUUCUGUCCAGCGUGCUGGCUGUCACCGCCGCCUUGCAUUCCUCGACCGCUUUGAACGGCGGCGGUGAUACCCUUGCUCAUCACGGUCGUUGCGAGCCCAUCACCAUCAAUCUCUGCAUGAACAUCCCGUACAACGAGACGAUCAUGCCGAACUUGAUGAAUCAUCAGAAGCAAGAAGACGCCGGCCAGGAGGUGCACCAGUACGUACCACUCGUUAAGAUGAAAUGCAGCCCGGAUCUGCGUUUCUUCCUGUGCACCGUCUACGCGCCCGUCUGCACCAUCAUCGAGAAGGCGAUACCGCCGUGCCGCUCGCUCUGCGAGAGCGCCCGUUCCGGUUGCGAGGGGUUGAUGAACAGCUUCGGUUUCGCAUGGCCAGAGGCUUUAGAUUGCUCCAAGAUGCCGGAAAACGACGGCACGGAGCUCUGCGUGGGUAACAACGAGACUGCGACACCUCGAGAACCAGUCGCACCGGUUUAUCCUCCGCCCCGUAUGCCAGUAGCGGAGUUUCAGCCAACUUGGAACGAGGGUCCUAAGCCUUACGGCGGUAGUGGCGGUUUCGCUCUAGGUGCCAGAGACUUUGGCUUUGUCUGUCCUGUCCAGUUUAAGAUUCCUCAUGGAUUAGGAUAUUCGCUAAAGGUCGGAGACAAGGUGGAACCUGAUUGCGGGGCACCCUGCGACGGCAUGUUCUUCACCGAAAGAGAGAGAAGAUUCUCGAGAGUGUGGGUCGGCACUUGGGCUUCUAUUUGUGCAGCUUCAUGUUUCUUUACUUUCCUGACAUUUCUCAUCGAUACGGAUAGAUUUAGGUAUCCCGAGAGGCCCAUUAUUUUCUUGUCCGUAUGUUAUCUGAUGGUAGCAUUGGUUUACGUGAUUGGUUGGGCAGCGGGCAAUUCCAUAUCCUGCAGAGAGCCAUUCCCACCACCUAUGGGUAUUCGAAUACAGAUGGCAUCAACGAUCACGCAGGGUACCAAGCAUGAACUGUGCACUGUACUCUUCAUGGUCCUUUACUUUUUCGGCAUGGCGUCAAGUAUCUGGUGGGUCAUCCUUACUCUCACGUGGUUCCUGGCUGCUGGAUUAAAGUGGGGACAUGAAGCGAUCGAGACCAACUCACAGUACUUUCAUCUGGCUGCCUGGGCUGCUCCGGCCGUGAAGACUGUUACUAUCUUGGCGAUGGGAAAAGUAGAAGGCGAUAUAUUAUCUGGAGUUUGCUAUGUUGGUCUUUGGAACGUGGAGGCUCUUCGGGGUUUUGUACUGGCGCCGCUAUGCGUCUAUCUUUUACUGGGUACUGCGUUCCUUCUGGCGGGUUUCGUCUCGCUCUUUCGCAUCCGCACAGUGAUGAAGCACGAUGGCACAAAGACAGAUAAGCUUGAGAAACUCAUGAUUCGCAUCGGGAUUUUUUCCGUGCUCUACAUCGUACCUGCCCUGAUCGUAAUCGCCUGUCUCUUUUAUGAGCAAACGUAUUUCGAUCAAUGGAUGCUUACAUGGAACAUGGAAAUGUGUUCACGUCCGGGUCCGCAAUCUCUCUAUUCGUUGCCAUGCCCGGUUGGUGAACGCACACGUGAUCUUGGUCGCAGACCAGAGUUCGAGGUUUUUAUGAUUAAGUAUCUCAUGGCGAUGAUUGUCGGCAUAACCAGCAGUUUCUGGGUAUGGUCCAAAAAAACGCUCACUAGCUGGCAGCAAUUCUUCCAUCAUAUACGAGGUCGCCGCGCCGAGGCCUAUGUUUAAAACCGGAGGGUUUUGCUCCCACUAAUAUCUCUAUAUUCCUUUUAUAAUUCCGAGAAAUCAGUAAACUUUAAAAUGAUCAUAAAGAUUGAUGAAAUUUUCAAAAACAUUUUGAUAAGGAUAAAUUAAUGUUUUUCAGCAUAGAUUUUUAUGUAGAUUUUUUGCGACUAAAAGGGAAGCGACUAAGAAUAUUUUCAGAGUAGAGGGACACGUUUAUGACAUCGCGAGUUUUAUAAUAAUGAUGCUAAAACGUAUAUACGUUCAUUAAUUAAGUCGAUGAUCGCAUUAGCAGGAGUAAUGCUGGACUUCUCGGUGUUAUAUUUUUUUCUCAUAAUGUAAAAAAUAUCAUUUUUCAUUAUAAUCAGUUAGUAUUACAAUCAGUAUCCAAUCAUUAGCUUUUAACAAAAAUAUUAGUUCAUUACUUAAAACAUUGACGGAAAUCUAAAAAUUCUCGCCCAAUCUCUUUUACAUAUUUUAUUUAUAUAUGUACACAUUAUUUAUAUUAUAAUUACCUUGCAGUCUUUCUAACUUUUGGGAACCCCUAUUUUAUAGUAAUCAAAUCAAGUUUGAAUCAAGCUAGCAAUAAUACUUCAUAUAUGCUUUAUGGUUCCCUCAUGAAUACUUAAAGGCAUGCAUUAAUAUGCAUCGCAGUGCCAAAUAAGUUUUUUGUCUUUGAUGUUUCUCUAUCGUGUGAUCUAUGGCUCUGUGAGAUAUUCGGACUAAAUGUCAGUCAGUUUAAAAGUAUUACUAUACAUAACGUUUAUUUUUUUUAUUUUAUUUUAUUUUUUUUUAAUAGAGUAAUCUGGUCUCUUUUUUUUUACAAAUGUGACUAUGUUUAAAUUAAAUGCUGUACUCAAAUGCUGUAGCAGACAAAUCAAAUGUUCAAAGUUUUUAAAGCAGCUAAUCAGAUCUGAGAAUCCGAUAAUAUAAGGAUUAAGAUUUUAAUAGCGAGUUCGGUUGAAUGUACCUAAUGCGCACUGGUGCAUAUUAUAUUGUACAUAAAUUGAUAUAGUACACACAUUAAACAAUUGGAUUUUCUAAAUGUGUUCAGCAUAAGUUAUCGCAUUAUGUUGCAGAAUACAUAUUGAACAUUUUCAAUAAUCAGACACUUAUAUAUUAUGGUUUUAAUAUAUCUACAUAUACUAUUAAGUAUGACAAGCUUUAGUUUACACCAGUGCACAUGAUCUUUGCAUUUAAUCGAAUUCUUCAGUAUAAGGAUUAAGAUCCACAGAUUUUAAUAAUCGUGAAUCGAAUUUCAUACUGCCAAAUUUUUCCGAAUUCUGAUUUUAUUUGAUAGAGAACUGAAAUCUAUUACGCUUAAUUUGUACGAAGCGCACUUAGGAAAAUAAAAAAAAUGCAAUAAUACUCGAGCGAAGACUUUAACGGCAUGGCAAUUCCGGCUGUACGUUUCUUUUUUUUCAUUUUUAUACUCGUUAAGGAUAAACUUUUUUGACGAUCGAUCCUUUUUCCGCGCGAUAAAUUUAUAUUAUCGUCUGGACUAUAUAUAAUGUCGAAUACCGAAAUCGCGUCUCGAAUUUCAACGAGAAUAGCUUGUAAGAUUUGCUCGUAAGUGUGCUACUUUAGGUUUAUACCAACGUUGUAUAUAAUUAUAUGCGUUCUUUAAUUCUACUACUCCAUGUAUUAUAAUAUAUUUUUAAAGAACUCUGUACAUAUAUAUACAUCAACAUGUUAUGCAUGAUUAAACUUGCGCGAAAUAACCGCGAAUUCGUCCAAACUGAAAUUGCCGAGCUUUUGUCUACGAAAAUUUCGUGCUACAUACAAAUGCGAUACGCAUUUGCGUGAUCAUUAUAAUAUUGUGGCACGUGCGAGUAUAUAUCGACUUCGUCGAAUACGCAAGAUAUAAAUUUUAUGGUCGCUAUAUUCUUUAUAUAAUAAACGAGAAAUGCAUAUAUAUAUAUAUAUAUACACAUAUAUGUAUGUGUAUGUGUGUGCAAAUUUUAAUUUGCUUUGCCUUAACAGUUUAUUUACAGAUAAUUUUUUUACAACAGAUUAUGUGGAAACAUUCGAUUAUAAAUAUGUGCCUACACCAUCUAUAAUUAUAUUAAAAAAUUGAAGCUUUACAAAUUAUACAGAGGAAGAUAACAGA